CGGCCAGCAGGAUGCCGCGCUCCUUCCUCGUCAAGAAGCAUUUCUCGGCCAGCAAGAAGCCCAACUACAGCGAGCUGGAGAGCCAGACCGUGAUUGUCUCCCCAUUCCUGUAUGAGAAGUACUCCCUGUCUGUCCCCCAGCCAGAUCUUCUCAGUGCCGCCCCUUACUACCCUCCGCUGGUAUGGGACACGGGGCUGCUCUCCAACUUCUUCGCUUCGGAGCAGGAGUACCAGAAAACCCCUGCUUUGCCCCCCAGCCCCGACUCCAAACCUCUGGACCUGACCUCCCUGUCCAGUGAGGAAGAGGACGGCAAGACCACCUCUGACCCGCCCAGCCCGGCCUCCUCUGCCACAGAGGCCGAGAAAUUCCACUGCAACCAGUGCAGCAAGUCCUAUUCCACCUUCGCCGGCCUUUCUAAGCACAGACAGUUGCACUGCGACUCCCAGGCCAGGAAAUCUUUCAGCUGCAAGUACUGCGAGAAGGAAUACGUGAGCCUGGGGGCCCUCAAGAUGCACAUCCGGAGCCAUACCCUGCCCUGCGUGUGCAAGAUCUGCGGCAAAGCUUUCUCCAGGCCUUGGCUGCUGCAGGGCCACAUCAGAACGCACACUGGUGAGAAACCUUUCUCCUGCACACACUGCAACAGAGCUUUUGCCGACCGGUCGAACCUCCGCGCUCACCUGCAGACCCAUUCCGACGUGAAGAAGUACCAGUGCAAAACCUGUUCCCGGACUUUCUCCCGCAUGUCGCUUCUCCACAAACAUGAAGAAACGGGCUGCACUGGGACCCGCUGAGAACUUGCCAAAGGCCAUGGACUCCUCCAUGCUCACCCAUGUAUUGUAACUAGUUUCUGUAGAGCGUAGUUUUCUGUUGAGCUGCCAGGGCAGUGUUAUCAAACCGUUGUUUCCAGCUGCUGCAAGCCUUAAAGAACCG